AUGACCGAUACAUCAAACGAAUCAAUCAUGGAUAUCGAAUGUGAAAAGUCAAUACCAACAGCACUUGACCAAGAAAGUAACCCGCAUUUAGAUGAUAGUACAAAACAAUCUCCAGCAGCAGUGUCAGAUGAAAAUCCUAACGUAAGAACUCUCAAGAGAUCUGAGAGAAUUCGACAACAACGUGCACACGAAAGCGAAGAAGCUAGAAGGGAACGACUAGGGAAAGAUAAAGCAAGGCAUCAGUUGCGUCGUCUAGAAGAGUCACAGCAAGAAACACAAGAACAUCGGCGACAGGAUGCAAGACGAGCGAAAAGACGAAGAGAACAAGAAAGUGAUGAUGAGCGACAUGAACGACAAGCAAAAGAAGCAUCACGAGCAGAACAACGAAGAGAACAAGAAACAGAUGACGAACGCCAUGGUCGGCAAUCGAAGAAUGCAUCACGAGAAAGAAAACGAAGAGAACAAGAAACGGAUGAUGAACGACAUGGGCGACAAGUAAAAGAUGCAUCACGAGCAGAACAACGAAGAGCACAAGAAACAGAUGACGAACGACAUGAACGACAAGUAAAGGAUAUCAUUCGCCAUCGCCAUCGUCGACAACGAAGCUCAUCUUUCUAUGCAGCUGCACUUCAAGAUGAAUUUCCAUCAGAAAGUUAUCAUGGUAGAAUGGACAAGGUGUGUCGUCACUGCAACGCCUUGCACUUCGAAGAUGAGUGUGCUUCCGAUAGACAGGAUGAAUUCAAACAGUGUUGUCACUAUGGAUCUAUUCAACUUCCAGAGCUUCUCCCAUAUCCAGAUGAAAUCAAAGCUCUUCUCCAAGGAACUGAUAUAAACUCAAGAAACUUCCGCGAAAACAUCCGAAGUUACAACAGUGCUCUAGCAUUUGCAUCGAUGGGAGCUCAGAUUGAUUUACCAAAAGGUUAUGGACCUUAUUGUUUCCGUAUUCAUGGACAGAUCUAUCAUCGAAUCGGUCCACUUCAUCCUGAAUCUGAUCAGAGAGCACAGUUCGGACAACUUUACAUUUUGGACUCAUCCUUGGCAUUAAAAGAACGAAUGGGAAAUGUUGCCAACGAAAAUUGCAACGAAACGACGAUGAGAAAACUCGGCGAUAUAAUGAAGAACAUUAGUCCUUUUGCUGCUGCCUUCAAGAUGAUGCACGAAGUGGAAGAAGAAGAAAUUGAUCGAGCUAAGAAAGAAAAACGAGCACCACCUCCACUUCGAAUGAUUUUUGACAUUGACUAUCAAAUUCAUGAUCGACGACUCUACAAUCUCCCAACAGCAAAUGAAGUCGCUGCAGUCUUUGUAGGUGAAGAUAAUGAAGUCCCAACGCAUCGACAUAUUGCAAUUCAUCCACGUGGCAAAGAUCUUCAAACUAUUUCAAUCUUACAUCCUCACUGUGAUCCAAUGAUUUAUCCACUAUUAUUUCCACGUGGAGAUGAAGGAUGGCACCCGAACUUAGAAAAAGCUUAUCGAUCACGAAACCGGACAAGAGUAUCAAUGCUCCAAUUUUAUAGUUAUCGAUUGGCUAUUCGUCAAACCUUCAGUGCUAUUCAUUAUGCAGGAAAAUUAUUUCAACAAUAUAUUGUCGAUGCCUAUGUUAAAACUGAACAAAAUCGCCUUGCAUUUCAUCGACAAAAUCAAAAGACCCUUCGAGUAGAAUUAUACCAAGGUCUAAUGGAUCAUUUAGCAAAUGAAGCAGUAAUAGAAGGGCUGAAACCCGGACGAGUCAUUAUACUUCCAUCAAGUUUUCAAGGAGGUCCGAGAGCAAUGCAACAGAAUUAUCAAGAUGCAAUGGCAAUCGUCCGAAAAUAUGGCAAACCCGACUUAUUCAUCACAUUUACAUGUAAUCCAACAUGGAGAGAAAUUGAAGAACAUCUAUUGCCUGGUCAAGCUCCUUCGGAUAGACCUGAUCUAAUUACCAGAGUAUUUAAACUCAAACUUGAUGAACUUAUCGAUGAUCUCUUCAAGAAGCAUAUACUGGGAAGAACGAUAGCUCAUGUCUUCGUAAUUGAAUUUCAAAAGCGUGGCUUACCACAUUGUCAUAUGCUUAUUAUUCUGGACAGUGAAGACAAAAUAAAAGAUGACAAUCAUAUUGAUCGCAUCGUAUGCAGUGAAAUACCAGAUACAGCCCGAUUCCCACAAUUAUAUGAAUGUGUAAGAAGACAUAUGAUUCAUGGACCAUGUGGAACAUUAAAUCCACAUUCUCCUUGUAUGGAAGAUGGAAAAUGUUCAAAAGAAUUUCCAAAUGUUACUAUGGUAAAUAAGGAUGGUUAUUCACGAUAUCGUCGAAGAGAUAAUGGAAUUACAAUAACCAUUGGCAAGUAUGAAAUUGAUAAUCGAUGGAUAGUUCCUUAUAAUCCAUACUUAUUAAUGAAAUACAAUGCUCAUAUUAAUGUGGAAAUUUGUGCAACUGUCAAAAGCAUUAAGUAUUUAUUUAAAUACAUUUACAAGGGACAUGAUUGUGCUAACAUUAAACUGCAACGACCAAUUCAAGAAGGUGCUGCUGCCGCUCAAGAAACUUUAGAAUGGGAUGAAAUUAAAGCACAUCUUGAUGCAAGAUAUGUCAGUGCACCUGAAGCUGCAUGGAGACUUUUUGAAUUUCCAUUACAUGACAAGUCUCAUGCAAUUAUCCGAUUAGCGGUUCAUCUUCCAAAUCAACAGCCGAUUUAUUUUGCUGAAGGAAAGGAACGACAAGCCUUGGAAAGAGCUGCCUCAAAAGACACAACACUUACUGCAUGGUUCAAAUUAAAUUCAAAAGAUCCAGAUGCUCGACAAUACCUCUAUCAUGAUAUUCCACAUCACUUUGUUUUUGAACGCAAUGGAAUAUGGAAACGUCGAUUACAAGGUGAAAAUGUCAUCGGUAGAAUGUAUUCAGUCAGUCCAAGUGACGUAGAACGUUAUCAUCUUCGAUUAUUACUGUUGCAUGUACCUGGUGCCUGCAGUUUUGAUGAUCUUAAAACAGUAGAUGGUCAAGUCUGUCAAACAUUUAUGGAAGCUGCUCGACGACGAGGUCUAUUACUUGAUGAUACUGAAUAUGAAAGAUGUAUGGCUGAAGCAGUACUCUUUCAAAUGCCACAACAGCUAAGAACAUUAUUCUGCGUCAUACUCCUAUAUUGUAACCCAACAAAACCAAUAGAUCUGUGGAAUUCAUUUAAAGGACAUAUGGCUGAAGACUUCAUGCAACAUGCUGAUGCUGAAACAGCAGAAGCAAUGACAUUCUAUGCAAUCGAAGAAAAGCUAGAAGAACAAGGCCGAAGAUGUAGCGAUUUUGGUAUACCAUCACCAACAACCGCUCCUUAUACAUUUGAAUCAAAAAUUAUUAACAAAGAAGAAGAACUUCGAAUAGGGCAAGAAAUGUAUUCAAUAUUGAAUCAAGAUCAACGCUCAGCAGCUGAUGAAGUUCUUGCAGCUCAUCAUAACCAAUCAACUAAUGGUUCAUGUUUCUUCAUAGAUGGACCUGGAGGUACAGGAAAAACUUAUCUUUAUAACACCCUGUACCAUUUAUUGAUGGGACAAGGCAUCUAUGUUAUAUCAGUUGCAUGGACGGGAAUUGCUGCAAGUCUACUGCCUGAAGGAAGAACAGUACACAGUCGUUUCAAGCUUCCAGUACCUAUCCUAGAAACAUCUACAUCCAGUAUCCGACCACACAGCAAGGAAGCAGAAGAAAUUAAAAAAGCAGCAGUAUUUAUUUGGGAUGAAGCACCUAUGGCUCCAUCAUAUGCUCUAAAGGCAGUGGAUAUCUUAUUAAGAGAUAUAAUGAACAUUAAUCUACCUUUUGCUGGAAAAAUUAUGGUACUCGGUGGUGAUUUUCGUCAAGUGCUACCAGUUAUUCGAUUCGCAAAUCGAUCCGAGUUGAUUGCAGCAAGUCUCAAAAGCUCUGAUCUCUGGUCUAACUUCAAGGUCAUGCAUCUUAAUCAGAAUAUGAGAACAGGACCAGGCGAAGAAGAAUUCUCAAAAUGGUUAAUUAAACUUGGCAAUGGUGAAUUACCAUCAAACGAAUAUGAUGAAAUCGAAUUGCCUAGCUCUUGCAUGCUUGAUGGUAAUUUGGUCGACGAGAUAUUUGGCCAGCACAUUUCCAUCAAUGACAUUCCAACUCUAUGCAACAGAACAAUACUCUGUCCCAAAAAUGAACAUUCUCUCCUGGUGAAUGAAGAAGUUCUUCAACGUCUACCUGGCAAAGAAAUAAUGUACACAAGUGUGGAUGACGUAGAAUGUGAAGAUGGUGAUGAUGUGACCAACUAUCCCACAGAAUUUUUGAAUAGNGAACAACAUUUUUGUUGUAUCUUCACUUCCAUUCAUAUUAGUUGUUACUGA